AAAGUGUACGAAGGUGCACGGGACCGUUAGUCCGUUACAAGUUGCACUUCUCCCAAAAGUCGAGGGCCAUAAUUCUCUCUCUCCUCAUGGCAGGACAGCCUCCUUUGCCUCCAAAUUAUAUUCCCGUUUUUGAGAGCUACUGGCUACAAUUGGAAGGUAGUUCAUCUGGUGAUGUUAAUGCCAUUACUGCUGCAGCCUUUCUCAAGAAAUCACAAUUAAAGGAGGCACUCUUGCACAAGAUAUGGGAUUUGUCCGACCCUGGUGGAAAAGGAUACCUUGAUAAACAGGGUUUCUUUACAGCAUUGAGGCUAGUUAGUGCUUGUCAGUGUGGUAGGGAGCCGUCACUUAAAAACAUUCAAGCUAUUGAUCCGCCUCCGAAAUUUGUUGGUGUAGAACCAUCUGCCUGGGCUAUUGAUGCUAAUGAAAGGUCAAUGUCUAAUGCAAGAUUUGAGCGCUUGCAGCCAAUUAACGGAUUGCUGUCCGGAGAGAAAGUUAGGAAUUUCUUAAUGCAGUCACAGCUUCCUGUUGAUGUACUAGGAAAGAUUUGGAAUUUGUCUGAUUUAGACAGAGAUGGUAGUCUAGAUGCUGACGAAUUUGCUAUUGCACUAAAGUUGACGUCAUUAGCUCAGAAAGGUGAAGUCCUUCCACUGGUUCUUCCCCAGUCCCUCAUUCCCUCUACUAAAGCUGCUCGUCUUGGUCUGGCUCCUCCGGCUGCUGUCACUGGGUCUCUCUCCACCAGAGCACAGUCACCAGUAAUGGGACGGACUGGCAAUGACUGGGUGGUGACUCCUGAUGUCAAAGCUAAGUAUGAUACAUAUUUUGCCGGUAUUGAUAAAGAUCAUGAUGGGAUCGUCAAUGGAGAGGAGGCUAAGAGUUUAUUUAUGUCGUCAAACUUACCUCCUAACAUACUAGCACACAUCUGGAGAUUGUGUGAUAUGGACAAUACUGGUCGCCUCAAUAAGGAGCAGUUUGCUCUUGCUAUGUACCUGAUAGCAGAGAAGGUCAAAGGGCGUGAGGUCCCGACUGAACUGGCACCAAACAUGAUACCACCAUCAAAGAGAAAGGGGGCGGGAUCUGGUGGGGGCGUGGCAGGAGGUGUGGUCUCGUCACAGUCUGGACUAUCAAGUACAUCAAGUGCUAGUCAUUUAGUUACCGGUGGGGCUGGUCUGUUACAACCCACAUCAUCAAAUUCUUUAAAACAAUCAUCACCAUCUUCAGCUCCGCCGUCUUUGUUUCCGAGUGGAGGGGGAGGGGCACCUCCAAUAUCCUCAGUCCCCUCGUCGCUUGGGGGUGGGGCUAUUCUCCAGCCCUCGACAACCACUCAGUCUGGUUUCGGCGGGAGUGGCUCAUUGCUUCAACCGGUAUCAGUAUCCAGUCAGUCUGGUUUUGGCGGGUCUGUCCUCCAGGCCUCAACUGGUAUGACGGGUUCUCCGUCUCUCAGGGUUGGAGCCUCCUCUGAUUUGUCUGGAGGUUUCUCGGCUGAUUUCUCAGCUAUUAGGGACCUUGAUACGAUAUCUGGUGAAAUAGAGGGGGUCAAGAAAGAAAAGGAGCAGCUCCAACAGGAUAUCAUGAUGAAGAAAGAGCAACUGGCCAAAGGGAAGGAGGAGACCGUCACAAUGCAAGGAGAGUAUGAGGAAACAACCAAACUAAACCAACAACUGGAGCAGCAGAAGAAAGAACUUCAAAGCAACGUUGAAGAAAUAACACUCCAGAAAAAUAAACUUGAAGGAAUGAUCAAUGACUUGAAAGCCAAAUGCCAACAGGAGAAGGAAGAGAUUGAGGUCCUCAAGGCUCAGUAUAAAGAGGUUGAGGAGAGUAAGAGCCAGCAAGAGUCAGAGAUGAGUAAACUCCAGCAGCAGUUCAGUGACCUCAAGCAAGAGGAGGAGUCACUGAAGAACAAGAUAGAGAGCACCCGAUCAGAGAUACACAGGAUGCAAACUGAGAACCAGUCAGUACAGAGGGGAAUUGACCAGGUAAAGGCACAGAUUGAUGAGUAUCGUAACCAGCAGGGCCAGCUAUCAGCUCAACUCUCAGGAAUGUCUGUGGUACCUUCAUCAUCCUCUGAUAGCAAUGUACACCCAACAGCAAUGAGAGUAGGAGAGCUACCCACUGACCUACCACCUCCUAACCUCCUCGGAGAACCUGAUGCUGUAUCAGCUAGAGCCACUGCUGGUAGCAGUAGUCCUGUUAGUAGUAUUAGUGGUUUCAGUACAGCUUCUCAUUUGGAGGAUCAAAGUGAAGAGAGGGAAAGGACUGACACAGUGACGGCUGCUGAUCCUUUUGCAUCAUUCCCUGACCCGUUCACUGGAGCCAGUGUCAUCAAUCCUUCUACAACAGGUUCUUCUGCUGGUGCUGCUCCUCCUACUGAUUUCUCAUUUGAUCCGUUUGGUAUUGGAGGAUUCAACAAACCCUCCACUACCAGUGCUACCUUCAUGUCUACAGCUCCACCCACAAUAAGCACAACUACCCCACCGCCUUCCGGGACAUCCGAUUUUGCCAAUUUCUCGGCUUUUGGUUCCAACUUUUCUUCCCUCCCCUCCUCCUCUGCCUCCUCCUCUACUGCUAAAGCCACUUCAUCUGUUCCGUCUAAACAGUUCUCAGGUUUUCCUUCAACCAAUGGAGCUAGUAAUACAGAUCCUUUUGGAGGUGGGUCCGAUCCUUUUAGUAGUACUGAUCCUUUCUCCUCAGUGACUACCCCUAAAGCUGGUGAUAUGGGUGGUUCAACCUGGGAUUCUAGUCCUUUUGGUAGUUCUGAUCCUUUUGCUUCUGCUGCCCCUGGGGGUGCCUCUGGUAACAAGUCUAGUGAUCCAUUUUUUUCAUCAGAUCCAUUUGGUGCUAGUGCUACUGGUUCUGGUGCUUCUGAUCCGUUCAGUGAUCCGUUUGGUAGUGGAAGUGGAUCAUCUUCUGUUGAUCCUUUUGGAACAUUAACUAAUAAUCCUGGAGGAGGGGGAGGAGCUAAGAAGUAGCUUCUGUCUCUCUUUUUCUUUCAUUAUUUCUGUCAUUAUUUUUGGCAGCUGCAAUAAUGCUUUGCAUAGUGUCAUUCUUGGUUUUAAUUAGACGUGACACUUUAUUGUGUUCUUGUUUGUUCUUUAAAAUUAAAAAUACAUUAUUAUAGUGUUUUGUAUAGGCUUUUGUCCAAUAUCUAUCAUAUUUG